CUGUUUCACAUGUCUGCUGAUGUGCCGGGUUAGGGUGUUUUUUUUCUAUUUCGUAACCCAGCAUUGUUUAGCAUUAGUGUGGUAUCACCGUUGUGUGUUUCACCUCGUUUCCGCGUUGUCAUAAGGAGCUUUUAAUGAACACGACUAACCUCAGAUUCAAGUCGGGUGCAAACUGACCUGAGACGUUGCUAGCUGGCGCUACCUCCAGACCUGGAUCACAGAAGCUAACGUUAGCUUGCAGCUCUGUCGAUAACGUUAGGGUAUUUGCAUUAACGUGAGAAUGGGGGAGGAAAUCAACGACAACCUCAUUAACACAUGCAGCGGACCCGCUGAUAACGCCAAUGCUGAGGAAAAUGGUGAAACAGUAGAAAGUGGUGUAAAAUAUUACACAUUAGAGGAGAUAAGAGUACAUAAUAUGAGCAGUGACACAUGGCUCAUCAUCCACGAUAAAGUGUAUGACAUCACAGGUUUCCUUGAAGAGCAUCCAGGAGGUGAGGAGGUUUUACUGGAGCAGGCCGGUGCAGACGCCACAGAGAGCUUUGAGGAUGUGGGUCAUUCCACGGACGCCAGGGAGAUGCUCCAGCAGUAUUAUGUUGGGGAGCUUCACAUGGAUGACAGAAAAAAUGAGACAAAAAAGGAUGAACAUUUCACAAACUCAGAGUCCAGCAGCUCCUGGACCACGUGGUUGAUACCUGCUAUUGUUGCAAUUGCUGUUGGUGUCAUGUAUCGCUACUACAUGUUUGAACACAAGUCCUCUUGAAGGUUGGCGUCCUCUUUUCAUCUCACUUUUUUCAUCUGGAGGCCUUGAAAUGUUUGACCAAAUCCUCCUCACCCUGAACGCACACAAUUAGGAGUGUCUGCCUCCUCUGCAACAAGAAAAGGAGGGGAGCAGUUUGAUCAAGUAUUUUUGUCCUUGUCUGUCUACACAGAGUGCACCAGGAGACAGUUGGGGCAGAGACUUAAUUAAAUUGUCUGCCUUCAUUUCUUUGUAUUUCUUUAUCACUAUGCGUGUUGUCAUUAAUGUUGUCUUUAACUUAAACUCUCAUAUGCAUUUGAGCCUUUUGGUCUCUGUUUAUUCAUUACUCAUUUGCCUGCUCAGAGAAUGGUCACAGUAACCCCUGACAUACAUACACCAUCACUUCACAGACAAAAUGGAAACACUGAAAGCAAUGUUAGUAUGCAGAGUGGUGAUGGAAUCUGGGUGAUAGUUUACUGUGACCAUUCUACUUUUUACACCGAAUUAUAACUUCUGAUGCAUUUUAUUAGUUUGAAUAAAAAUGUUACUGCAAACUUUCCAUCAACAAGAAUUAUGUUAUUUAAUUCACUCUUCACUGCACAGUUCUAGUUAAGCAUUGCUAGAUUGCACUCAUCAUUUAGCUGUAAAUGCAUAGUCUUUCCAGUUAUGUAAUUGCAGAGUCAAUUUUUUUUUUUUUUUUGAUGAAAUAGUGGUGAGUUAUAUUGUAUCAGUGAUUAUUUAAGGUAGAAUGUGUCUUCUUCUUUUUUUUUUUUUUUUACAGUUCUGUCAUCAGGAAUUUGCGUUAUGUUUAAACUGCCUGGUCCAUAUAUUAAUAUAAAUCUAUGUAGUAUGUAAUAAUAGAAUAUUUUAUUACUCAGAUAUAAUAGCUGACAGUGAAUGAUGAGUGAAUACCUUUGAACUAAGAGAAAAAUUUGUUAUUGAUUGUCCAGUUUUAAUUUUUGUUGUUCCUCGCUAUGCCAUUUGUUAUUUAACUGAUGCUUUUUCAUGGCUUUGUAUCAUUGUAAUGCAUCUAAAUUGUAUGUUUUGGGUGAGUGAAACUGGUAACUGCCACAGCAGAGUUUGAAUUGUUUUCCCUAAAGUCUGUUGUGUGUUUGUCUGCUGUUGUUAAACUGGGGGUCUUGCCUGUAGUCAUAUAUAUAUAUAUAUAUAUA